AUGGUCAGCCAACUCACUCGGGUCACCAACUUCAGCGAGCUGGAGGUCAAACAAUGGUACCGCCUCUUCCUCAAAGACUGUCCCGAAGGAGUCUUGGGAGAAGAGAGGUUCGUGACUUUCUUCUGCAACUUCUACAAGAGGGGCGACUUGGAGAAGAAGAAGGCUCUGGCUACGCAGAUCUUCCGUACGUUUGACCGUGAUGGCAGCGGGUCCGUGGACUUCCGGGAGUUUCUUUGCGGGAUGAGCGCUUUGCUGAGGGGCACGACUGCACAGAGACUGCGAUGGGCGUUCAACAUGUACGACCUGGAUAGGAACGGGUCCCUGAGCAGGGAGGAACUACUUAACGUCCUAAAGCUGAUGUACGAGCUGCAGUUGACCCGGAGGUUUGACCCCGAUGACCCCGAUGAGAUCCGGAGGGCGGAGUCCCACCUGGAGAUGAUGACCGAGCAGAUUUUUCAGGCACUAGACGAGGACAGGGACGGGCAGCUACAGAUGAGGGAAUUUGUAGAGGGCUUCAGGAGGAACCCCAGUCUCCUCAGACUGAACAGUGUGGAAAUGACCACGUGACGACAGCGUGAUGUCCACGU